GGUCUAGAUGAGGAGGCACUAGUUGAUCAUGGAAAGUCCAGCUUCUCUACUCACACAAACUACGAGAACGAUGAUUUGGAAAACCACAGAGCAGUGUACAUAGGCGUCCAUGUCCCUUUUGGACGGGAGAGCAGACGGAGACACCGGCACCGAGGACACAGACAUCACAGAAAGAAGAAGGACAGAGACUCGGAGGAAGGAAAGGACGAUGGCAGAGAAUCCCCCAGUUAUGACACGCCAUCACAGAGGGUACAGUUCAUCUUGGGAACAGAGGACGAUGACCUUGAGCACAUCCCCCAUGACCUCUUCACUGAGAUGGAUGAGCUGUCCUUCAGAGACGGCGAUGCCAUUGAAUGGAGGGAGACAGCCAGAUGGUUGAAAUUUGAAGAGGACGUGGAAGAUGGUGGUGAGAGGUGGAGUAAGCCCUACGUGGCCACAUUGUCACUGCACAGCUUGUUUGAACUGCGUAGUUGCAUACUGAAUGGUACAGUAUUGCUGGAUAUGAGGGCCAACAGUAUAGAGGAAAUUGCAGACAUGGUUAUAGACAGCAUGGUGGCAUCAGGCCAGCUGAAGGAGGACUUGCGCAACAAGGUGCGGGAAGCAAUGCUGAAGAAACAUCACCAUCAGAAUGAGAGAAAGCUCAGCAAUCGCUUCCCUCUGGUGCGCUCCAUUGCUGACAUAGGCAAGAAACAUUCUGACCCAUUCUUGCUUGAACGAAACG